GGCUCGAAGCCAACUUUAGAGCAAACAAUCCACUACUGCAUUGAAGUGCACGGACAUUGAAAAUUUCUUUACUUAGCGGAAGAAUGGCGGACGUACAGAAGGAAACUGUCCCCUCAGCUAAGAAACUGCCGGCAGUACCGGAGUCGGUACUUAAGAGGAGGAAAACCCGUGAAGCAGUUAAGGCUGCACGUCUUCAAACCUCUAUUAAGCAACGUGCAAACCGUUACAAGAAGAGGAAGGAUAUCUUUAAGAGAGCAGAAAAAUAUGUGAAAGAAUACAGAACCAAGGAAAGGGAUGAAAUCAGAUUAAUAAGACAAGCCAAAAACCGUGGAAACUACUACAUCCCUGGGGAAGCGCGUCUCGCCUUUGUUAUACGUAUUCGGGGUGUGAACCAAGUUGCACCGAAAGUACGCAAAGUACUUCAAUUAUUCCGCUUAAAACAGAUCAACAAUGGUGUAUUUGUGAAGUUAAACAAGGCCACAAUCAACAUGCUUCGUAUUGUUGAACCUUACAUCACAUGGGGAUAUCCUAAUCUCAAGUCAGUUCGUGAACUGAUUUACAAAAGAGGAUUUGCCAAAAUAAACAGGCAACGUAUUCCUAUUACCAGCAAUGCUAUUAUUGAGAAGAAGCUUGGUCGUUCUGGUAUUAUUUGUACAGAAGAUUUAGUCCAUGAAAUAUUUACAGUUGGGCUGAAAUUCAAAUAUGCAAGCAAUUUCUUAUGGCCAUUCAAGCUCAAUACACCAAAUGGUGGAUGGCGUAAGAAGACUAACCAUUAUGUUGAAGGUGGUGACUUUGGAAACCGAGAAGAUAAAAUCAACGAACUUCUCAGGAGAAUGGUUUAAAUUUAUAAAAAUCUUGAUAAAUAAACAUUUAAAUACAAUAUA